AAAAAAAAAAAGUGUAAAAAUGGCAGUUAGAUUACCUAACUUGAUACCACCAUUUCGGUUUUCUAUAGUAGAGGAGAACCUAUUUCGUGGUGGCUAUCCUAAGCCUCGCAAUAAGCGUUUUCUAAAAAGAUUAAAGCUCAAGACAAUACUUUCACUUAUUCCAGAUAAGCUGAUGCCAGAGAUGCAUGAAUUCUGUGAAGAAAACAACAUUCAAUUACUUCAUUUACAAGUAGAUAAAAUGAAAGAAGAUAAUAUACCUUUAACAUAUAAUAAAACACUCGCCGCUCUACAAAUUAUUAUAGAUCCAGCCAAUCAUCCUUUAUAUGUUCAUUGCCUAGAUGGUGCAAAUGUCACAGGACUUGUGAUUGCAUGUUUAAGAAAGUUACAAAUGUGGAGUAAUUCAAGUACGAUGGUAGAGUUUUCAAGGAAUUUAGAUACAAAUGUAAUUUCAAGUGAAGAGUUUGAAUUUAUUGAAAAUUUUAAAAACUUUGAGAUAAUUAUACCCAUGACUCUACCACGAUGGUUAUGGGGAGGACAGGUUAGCUUUAGAAAGCAUACAAGUCUUCGUUUGAAAUUUUUAAAUUCGGAAAUGAUGACAGAAGAAGAAAGAGAGUUGAAAGACUUGAAAGAAAAGAAAGAAAAGGAAAGAGAGGAUUUUUAUAAAAGGAGGAAAAAUGAUUUAUUGGAUAACCUAUUUGAUCCAAAUACACCUGGAACUCGUCAUCGAUCGACUGCAGCUAAUAGUGCUAGUGCAAACAGUAGUAACACGAACACAAUCAAUAGCACCGUCUUAAAUGGUAAUGUCAACAACUCAUUAAUAUCAACAACAAAUAUGGAAUCCUCAGCUUCCUUAUUUGAUCAUACCUAUGAUAUAGAUAAUGCAAAGGAUCCUUAUUUAGUGGACGUGGAUGUAGAUGUAGAUGGGGUUAUGAUGGAUGGUUUGGAUCAAGUGGAAUAUAUAAAUCACUCUGUUGGAAAUCCAUCUGGAAGCCGUAAUGAUGAUGGUUUAUUAUUAGAUGAAGAAGGUGAAGUUUAUAGUGUUGAUCUAGGUACAGUGUAUGUCAAUGAACCAAUAGAUAGGACUUUGGAAGCAUUAGCAUUAGAAGGCUUAACCGAGUUUUAAAUACUGUUAUAUUAUUGAAUUGUAAAUAAUAAUAAAGAUUAAACAUUGCAUGUAUAAAAUAGGAUAAAAUUUAUUUCCACUACAUGCAAGACAAGCAUCU